AUGAUCUUCCAUCUCAUCUCUUUAUUCGUUGUUUUUCUUCAAUCGCUUACUUUUGCUCAAGUACUCGAAUGUCCAUACGGGUGGAAAGAAUUUAUCGGCACGGCUUCAUGCUAUCGUUUUGUUCGUUAUCCGAAAGCCAACUAUGAUAACGCUGCUGCUCUUUGUCAGACAAGUCUAUUGAGUGUUGAAUCGUUACCGGAACAUUUAUUCGUGCAAGAUUGGCUAAAUACCCAUGAUCCGUCAACACAACGUUGGAUGACAAGUGGUCGGCGUAAUGGACCAUUCUGGCAAUGGGUGAAAUCUACAGGUUUAUUGAAUCUUCAAUUCGAUCAAGGAUGGCUACCACGAACGGAACAAGAACAACGCAUACGAUCAUUUCUAGUCUAUGCUUAUCAAAGUGGUCAAUGGGGUUGGUUGCCUUAUGAUAUUUCACCAGCGGAGAAUCUUCCAUUCGUUUGUGAAGUUCCUAUACGUGAUACAUAUGGUGUUAUGACAAAUUAUCGAGGCAUAGAAUACGGUUUACCAUCGAACAUUGAACAACGAUUUGUUCCUCGUGCACCCAAAUUCUUUGAACAGCCACAAGAUCAGGAAUUUGGUCGCAUCGAUCAAAUUACAUUGGGUAGUGGUAGUACAUUUGGUAUCAGCAAGUUAUCGAUAUCAAUUGUUGUAACACUAACAUGCCGAGCUGAUGCUUAUCCUGUUGCGGAUUAUUAUUGGUUUCGAAUGACCAGUGGUGCGAUAUCAGAGGCAGUACUUGUCAAUCUAAACGAUCCACGAUAUUUCCAACACGGUGGAAAUUUAAUGAUUAAUAAUCCAACAAGUGAUGAUAGUGGUACAUAUUUCUGCAAAGCAAACAAUUACUUUGGCACUGCCAUUAGUAACCGUGUUUAUUUACGUGAAAUCACAUUGGGUCAAUUCGAGAAACGUGAACGGCCAAAAGUCAUUGCCGACGGCCACCGUGAUGCAAUUCUCGAUUGUUUAUAUAAGAAUACCAAUACCGGAGAUCUAAGAUACGCAUGGUUCAAAGGCGCUAUCAAUCAAAAAGUUCAACAGACAGCCGAACGUUUCAUAUCGCGCAAUGGAAAUUUAUAUUUCUCUCGUGUAACAGAUGGCGACUCUGGAAAAUACUACUGUGCUGUUCAAGCCGAAAAUUUCAAUCUGCGCUACUUGCCAUCCCAAACCAGUGAAGGAACAGAGUUAGAUGUUCGCUCAACAUUUGGCCAAGAACGCAGUCCGCGUAUCUUUCCGAACUUUCCACAUGUUUUCCCGACGACACGUUUGCCCAAAUUGGGUGAGAAUGCAUCGAUCGAAUGCAUUGCCGAAGGUUAUCCUGUUCCGAGCUAUCGAUGGUUUCGUGAAGAUGAAUUCGGUAAUUUGUAUCCUUUACAAAGCAAAGCAAUUCUAAUGAAUUUCAAUCGCGAAUUAAUCAUUCCAAACUUACAACGUGACGACAUAGGUUUAUAUCGUUGUGAAGCAUCGAAUACUCGUUCUGUUGUUUAUCAAUCUGUCUCAUUACAAAUACAAAUCGAUCCAGUUUUCGUUGUACCACUUGAUGAUCAAGUGCUCGAUAUUGGCACAACUCUCUCAUGGUAUUGCGAAGCGUACCCGAAUGACAUAAAUCAAUUACGUUAUUCAUGGUUCAUCAAUGGAACUGAGAUCUUCUGGGAUCGUUUGACUUUAGCUCAGCAGCAACGCUUGACUAUUACCAAUAAUCUUCUGAUGAUUAAUAACGUUCAGCCGUUUGAUAACGGCAUUUAUCAAUGUGCAGCAACAAAUACCCAAAACAAUGUUCAACGUUUCAGUGCAGCCGAGUUACGCGUGAUUACAUUAGCGCCCACAUUCGGUAAAAAUACAAUGGUGUCAACAUUACGAUCAACUGUUGGAGGAUUAGUCACCAUUAUUUGUAAUCCGGAAGGUGCACCCAGACCAGAAAUACGAUGGUUUAAAAAUAAUGUACCAUUAGCAGUGGGUGGAAAUAUACAAGUGUUUCCGAACGGGAAUUUAGCAAUUACGAAUAUUCAAUUGCCAGACGCCGGUAACUAUUCGUGUGUAGGAAGGAAUAUCUAUGGUGAAGCGCAACAAAGUACCUUUGUGUAUGUCAUGCCAGAAGGCACGACAAUUAUUUCCACACCAGGUGGCCGAGAUGUCAUUGUGAACCAAACAAUCAUUAUUCCAUGCGAUGCUCGUUCAAUGAACCAGAUGGAUUUGACAUUUUACUGGCGGUUCAAUAAUGAAAUUCUAAAUAUUGAUAACAGACGUUUCCGACAAGAUAAUCCUGAUCGUCCUGGUGAUUUACGCGUUGUUCAAGCUCAAUACGGCAAUGCAGGACGAUAUACAUGCGUGGCACAAACGACUGUCGAUGAAAAGUCCUCAUCUUAUCAACUGAAUGUCUUUGGACCGCCAGGGCCCAUGGCUGGCGUACGGUGCACUCAACCAUUUCAACGCCAAGUGACCUUAUCUUGGGUUGUGGGUAGCGAUCACGGUGCUCCGAUCUUACAUUUUACUGUUGAAUCGUUGUCCAAUCAUCGAUCGUGGUGGGUCUUCCAUGGAAAUUUCACUCUUCCCAUUCCUGCAAACAAAGUUGUGACAAUGACUUUAACUGGCUUAUCAGCAUUUACAGAUUAUCGUUUCCGUAUACUUGGAACAAAUAUGUACGGAGCCGGUGAACGAUCCGAAGUUUCACCGCCGUGUGUUACACAGCCCGAUGUUCCAGGUGUAGCCCCAGCACAGUUGAAUGGUGGUGGUGGUAAAGUGGGCGACUUACGCGUUACUUGGGAUCCAUUACCAAUGGAUUUUUGGAAUGGACCCAAUCUAACCUAUCGAAUCUAUGUACAAAAACAAGGAGAAAAUCGGCAACAAACGUAUACUGUACUUGAUCCCCUUCGGAACUUCUUCAUUACACAUCUUUCGGAUAAACUCUACUAUUUUCCAUACAAUGUGCGUAUUUCGGCAGUCAAUGCCCUUGGCGAAGGACCUGUUUCUGGAAAUAUCACUAUACGUUCAGCUGAAGAACGUCCAGCACGACAAGUUCUCAAUGUCAAAUGCAACCCAUACAAUAGUACGGCGAUGACCGUCACUUGGGAUAUGAUCGAUGAAAAUGAUUUUGCUGUUUUACGUGGUCGUCUACUCGGUUAUAAUGUUCGUUAUUGGCGUAAAGGUAUUGACGAACUUGAGAACUACUGGGAACGUCGUUUUCCCGGUCAACGAUCUCGUGCUAUUAUAAUUGGCCUGGAAUCCAAUAUCGAAUAUGACAUACGUGUGUCUGUUUUCACACAAUUCGGUGAUGGGCCUGAAAGUAGUAUAUUUUCACAUCGAACAUUCCGUCUACCACCGCAACUUCCACCACAAUAUGUAUCUAUUCGACAACCAGUGCGAGAGAAAGAUCGACGCGUGAGGUUAUUUGGUGAACUUUACAUGUAUAAACUCGAAGUUGAAUGGCGAGGUAUAUCUACAUCCUCUGAUGAAGAGCCUUUAGAAGGCUACAUGGUUAAAGUUUGGGAACAUUAUCAGUCCAUUCGAAAUGCUUCAAUUUAUUACGUUGAUGGAUCGAAAUACAAAGUGACAAUCGAUAACUUGUAUAAGAAUCGCAAUUAUAAAUUACGUGUACAAGCCUGGUCACUUGGUGGUGAAGGAAAGUAUUCAUCACCCGAGAGAGAAUUCCGAUUCGAUGACAACGGACGACUGUUAAUACUCUACAAUCCAGAUACCAGUCUGCUUUAUCACAAUAUGUCUAGCAAAUCAUAUCCGUCCUUGAGUAUGGCGUUUAUCUUACUCAUGGUGUUUUGUUUACUUAAAUAG